AUGAACCGCCAAAGGAAGGCGCGACUGGAUCAGCGAGCGCAGUUGCCCGCGCCAGACAGCGAGAGCAUGGAUCUCACGACCACCAAGGGAGCGCAACCAGUCCCGAAAUUCGGCAGCUUCAAGCCAAAGUCAGCUCCACCUCCGUCCGCAGAGUCACGUCGCGAGGAGGAAAGACCGCGACACCGAGACGACGCUUCUCGACAUAGAUCUAGACAUCGCAGCCACCGGCAUCGUUCUCGUUCUCGUUCUCGUGAAAGACAUUCUCGCCAUCAGUCUCGGAGGGACAAGAAACCUCUCGAAGAUGAUCAACCAAAAGCACAUCAACCGGAGCCCACGAAACCGAGUGAUGAAGAAACGUCGGAUUUGUACGUGAUCGAUCGCAAGGGGGAUAUUUACAAUGUGACCUACGGCACUAUACAUCGCUACAGUAUACCACAAUACCGCCGUAUUGGCCGUGGGAGAGUGCUAGGCUUGCCUAGCAGGUUUAAGAUUGAUCGCAACUACAAUGACGACGGUACGGUGCUCAUUCGCACUGAUGGAUGGCAGGAAGACGGAGCACGGCACAAAACAAGAAGUCUCUUAGCCAAAACAGAUACGAGGGAACGUCGGAUUUUUCGUGUGCGCCAAGAUACCAUCCCCGAUACCGAUGCCGACCAGGAUUAUGUACCCUUGAGCUCUCACGGUAGUAGAAAACGCCGGCGAAUACUGGGCGAGCAUUCGCCAAACGAAUUAUCAGACGAUGACGCAGAUAAAUAUGGCUACCGAUCGAUUCAGGGCAAGGCAAAACCCGAGCAAGAUAUCCCAAGUGAUAUGGAAGCUACGUCUGCGUCGGAUAGUGACGGCGAAGGCAGUGCUUUCAAAUGGGAGAGAGACAUCAGAAAAAAGAACUCGGAGUUGUUGAGGAAAGCAGAGGAGAAGUCUACUAGCGUUGAAGAUUGGCUAGAGGUCAUCGAAUAUCAACACGUUCUUUUGAGUGGAGCAGACGGCCGUCGGCGGCUGACAGGCGCUGAGAGAAAAAGUCUGGCAGAUAUCAAAUUAUCACUUUUUGACGAGGCUCUGAAGAAGGUAGGCAACCGGGAAGGAAAGGAUCGCCUUUUAUUGGGCUAUUUAAACGAAGGUGCGAAUUUGUGGGAAUCAAAGAAGCUUAGGGAGCAGUGGAAUGCUAUUCUCAAGCACAAUCCUGGCUACAUUGGUCUCUGGGUGCGCUACUUGGACUUUCGACAAAGCGAAUUUAUCGACUUUACUUAUGAGCGCUGCAAAGAUAUCUAUCUCGACUGUAUAAAACUCAAUUCCUCGAGUCCAGACAACGAAGAAAAGAACAGGAUAUUGACUUACCUGUUCCUACGAAUGACCCUUUUUAUGCGAGAAGCUGGCUUCCCCGAGAUCGCAGUCGGUUUAUGGCAGGCUGUCCUAGAGUUCACACUAUUUCGUCCUGCCGAAUACACAGAAAGUUUGGACAGCGAGAUUCUGGCUGCAUUUUCGUCCUUCUGGGAGUCGGAAGUCGCGCGGAUUGGUGACGCCGGGGCAAAGGGCUGGAAAAGCGGCAAAAAUGCUGAUUUAGAAAUGGCAGUUACUAGCUCGCAAACAGAACUUGCCUCGAAUUCACUAUUUUCUUCGUGGUGUGAAGCAGAAGCUCGGUUGAAUCGCAGUGCUCGCCUGCCUGCACGAUCAGUGGAUGAGGUAGAGAAUGAGGAUCCGUACCGCGUCGUUUUAUGGUCAGACAUUGAACAAUUUCUGCCGUUUUUUGUGAACUGGCAGGAUCCUAAUCAUCUAAUUGAAAACUUUUUCGCUUUCUGCUAUUUACCUCCAUUGAACUCUCUUCAAUCUUGGGUUACUUCCAAGUCUUCCAGUGGCGACGCCUUUCUUCACAACGAAGUUAUGCAUUUCUCGGAUGCCUCAGUCAUGAAAGUUCUUGAAUCCAAGCGCGAGGAUUCGGAGAAAGAGGAUCAUGAGAAACUGUUUGAGCUGCCGGUUUUGCAAAACUUGAUACAUAACGUCGAUUCUCUUUUUGCGGGUCAGCAUUGGUUCUCAUCACUCACCGCGUGGAAAACUGCGACAGACAACGAAAACUCGGUUCUGGAUGCCGAAUGGAUCCGACGAGCUUUGAGGUUAUUAGUCGAUGCUUCGCCGGAAGACGAUGGCCUGGCGGAAUAUACACUUGCCGUGGAAUACACCGUUAAUCCCAAAGAAGCCAAAAAGUACGCGAGGUCACUCCUUAAAAAGCAGUCAUCUAGUCUUGCACUUUACAACGCUUAUGCUAUCAUGGAAUGUCGUACUGGCAAUUUCUCAGCUGCAACCCACGUAUGGGCAACUACACUCUCAAUGUCUGGAAAUAUAUCAGAGGCACAAAAACUCGAAUACGGUCCGCUGGUCCACAGCUGGGUAUGGGAAUAUAUGACAUCUAAUAGGCCAGCACAUGCACAUAGACUACUAAUGUCUGUACCGACGUUUGCCGUUGAUUUAAAGGCACUGGAAGUGGCCUCAUCUCAGACGAUUUUCACACCAGCUGAGCAUCUGAAAGCCGUUCGAUUCUUUGACGAAUUUUUAGACCAUUCUCUUUCGGUUCGAAACUUCAAGACAUUUGCAGCAUGGGCCGAUCUUGCUGUCAUCUUGCGUUAUCUGACUAACUCUUCCAACCUUUCGUCAGCAAUUGACAUACAUACAAAUAUCUGUACUCGUCUUACCUCUGUCUCCCAUAUUCCUGCUACCCACAAAUCAUUUGCUCUGGAAGUGUUACAUCAACACCGUUCACGCCUACUCUACCACCACAUCACGACAAAACAAGCUUACAAACCAGCCGCAAUAAGAGAAUUAUUACUUGAAAGCUUGAGACUUUUCCCGCACAACACUGUCAUUCUAUCGCUUUUUACGUGGAAUGAAUCUCGAUUCCGAAUCGACGAGCGAAUUCGUGACGUGCUACUCACAUCUCCCUCCGAUUCUUCACGAAAAGGAAACAGAGACACAGUCCCAGUCACGUCGUCUCUACUCUCAAUCUUCACUGAACUCGCUCGUCCGAUAUACUCGGGCUCAACCGUGCACUCUGCUCGCGCAGCAUUUGAGCGCGCUCUGUCAACCGAUCCCUCCAAUACCACAAAGGAGAAUACCGACUCACCUCCUUUGCCAUCCCUCUCUCUGUGGAGACUGUAUAUAUACUUUGAACUGCACAGGGCAAACAACCCUGACGCCGCGAAACGCGUGUACUACAGAGCACUCAGAGCUUGCCCGUGGUCAAAGGAUAUACUGAUGCUCGCAUUCAACGAGAAACUAUGGAACGGCAAAGGUUUCGACGAUUGGUGGGAACUGAAGAAAGUGUACAACGUGCUUGUCGAUAAGGAGUUGAGACUUCAUGUUGAAAUUGACGACAAGUUGUUUGACGAGGCGGAAAGUAUUGCUAUUGAGAGAGAACAGAGAAGAGUAGCCGAGAUGGGAAGGACACGGGGGAGCAGGAGGAAGAUUAAGGGAAUCAUAGAUUUGCCAGACGAUAAGAGUAGCGAUGGUGAUGUGGAUAUGGGUUAG